AAUUAAGAAAAUAGUAUAUCUCAUAUACAUCUCUUGCAAAUAUAAACUUAAAACACAAACUACAAAUCAUAUAAAAAAUAAUAAUCUUGAUUACAAAUAAAGUAUCGGGCGGGCCGACCCUAGUCUAAACUAAAGAUUGCUUUCUUUCUUUUUUGGUUCUAUAUUAGGAGGCAAAACUCACUGGAAAUAAUUUUGGACCAAAUAAAAUUUGGAUUUGCCACUUGAACCGGUUCCUCCUCAAAUUAAGGUGCAACUCUACUCAUGAUACUGGGCCUGUAAAUAUAUAAGUGGGCUUUAUGUUAGGCCCAUUUUUCAAGCUAGCGUUUUCACCCUCACUUGCCCACAAACACAAAAAAGUUCUUCAGCGACGAGAUUGAGAAACGAGGAACGACGAUGGCGACGAAUCUCCUGAAACUCUCCUCUCAAAUCCGCCGCCUCUCUCCACUCACCGGAUCCCUAACCGUCCGCACCUCCGCCACAUCCACCGGAUCAUCAGGAUCGAAGAAAGUCUCCGACCGAAUCGUCAAGCUCUCCGCGAUCGAUGCCGACGGAGACAAGAAGGACAUCAUCGGCCUCUCCGGCCAGACUCUCCUCCGCGCGCUCACCCACACCGGCCUGAUCGAUCCGCUGUCGCAUAGGUUGGAUGAUAUCGACGCUUGCUCGGCCGAGUGCGAGGUCCAGAUCGCUGAGGAGUGGCUCGAGAAGCUCCCGCCCCGUACCUACGACGAGGAGUACGUGCUGAAGCGUAACUCGAGAUCACGUGUGCUGAACAAGCACUCGCGUCUCGGGUGUCAGGUUGUGUUGACGCAGGAGCUUCAAGGUAUGGUUGUGGCUGUCCCUGAAGCUAAGCCUUGGGACAUCCCGUAAGGUGUAGUAGGGGUCUCUGAGUCGCUCUCUAUUUGUUGUUUUUUGCGUUAUUGGGAAUAAAUGGAUUUGGAAAGUUCAGGCAGAUGAUUAUGAUAUUGAAUCUGUGAUCUUCCUUUUGAAACUUAAUUGUAAUGUGGUUGAAGAACUUGCUUGUUUUAAACGAUUCCCUGCUUCUGAGUAUGGGUUUUGCAUUUUAAUUGAAUAUUGCUUUCUUGGUUUUA